CAGCCCAGUAGUGUACGUACUCCGAUUCUUCCUCUGCUGCGGCGUGUCGGCGGCCGGCUUGCAUCGGCUAGCUAGGCAGGUCGUCGCAAUGGCUCACGCCGCCGGCAUCGCGGCGCUUCUCCUCCUCCAGCUGGUCUCGUCGUACCCCAGCGCGGUCCUUGCCGAUGCAGUGCUUGGCCGGAAGGCCGGUGUACCGGACGAGCCGGCCGCCGAGAAUGCACCGGCGGGGAAGGGGAGGUACGCCGUCAUCUUCGACGCCGGCAGCACGGGAAGCCGGGUGCACGUCUUCAGGUUCGACAAGAAGAUGGACCUCGUCGAGAUCGGCAACGGCAUCGAAGUCUUCGCCAAGGUGAAGCCUGGACUGAGCUCGUAUGCCGGACGGCCACAAGAGGCUGCAGACUCCAUACUUCCCCUUCUUGAGAAGGCUAAGAGCGUCGUCCCUCCAUGGCUUAUGAAACGAACACCUCUUAAGCUUGGAGCUACUGCUGGGUUGAGACUUAUCGGAGAUGAGAAAGCAGAUCAGAUUCUUCAAGCGGUCAGGGAUCUUGUCCACACUAAAAGCAAUUUUCAGUACAACCCCGAGUGGAUCAAUGUUAUCGAGGGAUCUCAAGAAGGGUCUUACCUAUGGGUUGCUGUGAAUUAUCUAUUGGAUAAACUGGGAGAAGACUACUCCCGAACGGUAGGUGUGGUUGAUAUGGGCGGUGGAUCGGUGCAAAUGGCCUUUGCCAUCUCCGCAGAUGCUGCUGCAAAGGCUCCAGUAGUGCCCGACGGGAAGGAUCCCUAUGUUACAAAAGAGUAUCUUAAAGGAAAAGAUUACAACAUUUAUGUUCACAGCUACUUGCACUAUGGCUCUUUUGCAGCCCGCGUAGAGAUUUUGAAGGCAAAGAAUGGACCAUUCAGCUACUGCAUGCUGCGUGGAUUUAGUGGUAACUACACCUACAAUGGGGAGCAAUACGAUGCAACUUCCACACCAGAAGGAGCAGUGUAUGACAAGUGCAGGGCAGAGGUAAGCAAGGCACUGAAUCUUGAUGCACCGUGCGAGACAAAGAACUGCACCUUCAAUGGUGUGUGGAACGGGGGUGCGGGAGCCGGCCAGGAUACCCUCUAUGUCGCAUCAAGUUUCUACUACGUGGCCGCGGAGGUUGGCAUCAUAGAUAGCAAAUCUCCCAGCGGAAAGACUACCCCUGCCGCGUUCAGAGCUUCUGCAGAGAAGGCUUGCCAACUGAGUGUCGAAGAGGCUAAAACUACAUACCCCAACGUCAAAGAUGGCGAUGUGCCAUACCUAUGCAUGGAUUUAACUUACCAGUACACAUUGCUCGUGGACGGCCUCGGUGUGGAGCCAACAAAGGAGAUCACCGUGGUAGACAAGGUGAAGCAUGGAGAGUACUAUGUCGAAGCUGCAUGGCCUCUGGGCACUGCUAUUGAGUCCCUGUCGCCCACAAAACGGCUUCAGAAUGUAUGAUUAUCGAUUUAAAUCCAGGCCAGAUGGGUAUGGACGACUCAAUUGUACCGUGACCAUUCUCGGCAUGGCUCUAUUUGCAGUUAGCCCUGCGGUGUAAUAAUGUCCCUGUUAUGAAUAAAUCGUGUGCGCUACACUUGUUAAGGUUUUGGGUUCAGUAGUUCGUCGGUUUGUUAGGAUUGGUUAGCUGAAGAUUUUUUUUUCCGGGUCAGAGUUCGUUUUGAGUCAGCCACGCAUGCAGGGAUGUGGGAUGGCAUGCUCGCUCAGGCGUGGCUAAGAUGUCGAGCAUUCAGCCCAUGCAUUCGUGUCAGUUCGGAAGAAAACCCCGCUGCAAGAUCAGUUCGGCAGAACCAAAA